UCUUCAUUGUAACACUCCUGCUCUUUUAUGGGUUUCUUUCAUUUGCUACGUCUAUAAUUCGUUAUAUGCUUGAGCAUGGCUAUCAGAGAUCCACAUGCUUGUAGUGGAUUUUGGGUAUGAAUAUCAGAAGGUCCUACAUUCCUUUCAGCUGAUCUCUUAGAUUGUUAUUUGUUUCAUCCCUCAUUUCUCCGAUUCUCUGUGUGCAUAUUCUGAUUUUGCCUCUAAUCCGUUGUGUCGCAUUGGUGAGCUUUAUGGUAUUCUCUGUUUCUCUUUUAAAAUCAAUUUGGAUUCACUCACCUAUGUUUGAGCCCAUUGAUUUUAACAUGAAACGUGGCUUAACAUAGUACUUGGUUCAUCUUAUUUUCUCCGUUUGUGUUUGGUUCACCUGGAGAAAUCUGGGUUGGCAUUUCUGGUCCAAAUCAACCCCCUAGCUAUCAGGGCAUGCUCUACUUCAACCCUUGGCUAUAAUGACUUGUGAGUAAGAUGCAUUGAGGCCCGUUCUCCCCAUCGUUCUGCUAUUUUCCAUCAUAGAGCAGGCUUUACAUGUAAGAGACUUUCAUGGCCGUUGGGUUCUUGUGAAUGAAGAUUUUGGUUCCCAAGAAGCCAUUGUUUAUCCUGGACUUGCACUCUACCAGGCAACUGCUGGCUAUGUUGGCACUACGCUACACUGAACAGAGAUUAGCAAUAUGCAGGGUAAUAUGUAUAGACAAUGCUCUCUGGCUUUCAAACUCAUGCCCAAAUCCAUGAUCAGUCUCAAUUGUUCGGAGAUGAGGGCAGCUGGUCAUGGGGUUGAAACUCAGUUUCAGCUUCCUAUACCAGUGGAUGACUUUAUGCAGAGAUCCCACCCACUGGGCAACUUUUUAGCAGACACAAUUUCCUAAGUUUCAAUUUUCCUACAGCCCAAGAUGGUCCUUGGAUCAAUGAAACGCUGGUACAGGAUCUAUGAGAGAACCCAAAAUAAAUGAGCUUCAUGAGCUUCCUAGGCCCACUUCCAGUUUGACUUUGAAACCUUCAAGACCUUCAAGUUUGAUAGGUCAUUCUGCCCCCUUGGCUGCCAGUGGUCCCCAACCUUUCUGAUACAAAUAAAUUGGUGGUGUCAAGUACAGCAUCUCGGUUGCCAUUCCCUCAGCAAGCUGUUCCUCGCAGUUUCUUCACCCCCUCAAGUGGUCAGAGACUGAAGAUGCCACGUGUUUCUGGACCAUCAGAAUCUCCUCAAAAUUGGGAUUCUGAGCACUCAUGUCAGAAGGGAAUGAUGUAACUGGUGAGGCAUCAAAGGAGUUGGGAAAUUUGUCAAAUCUGACCACCCUGUAUUCGGAAAAUAACAGAUUGAUAGACAUUUGGGAUUGGCAUGCUUCGUGGAAGUUUGAGACCACUAAAUGUUACUGCACUGUCAUUGAUGCUCCUGGACAUCGUGACUUCUUGAAGAACCUGAUCACUGGUACCUCGCAGGCUGAUUGUGCUUAUCAUUGAUUCUACCACUGGUGGUUUUGAAACUGGUAUUUCCAAGGAUGGUCAGACCCGUGAGCAUGCUUUGCUUACCUUCACCCCUGGUGUCAGGCAAAUGAUCUGCUGUUGCAAUAAGAUGGAUGCGACAAGUCGGUGGUAUUCAAUUAUUGUAGGUUAUGCUGUACUGGAAACCCAUUGAACUACUCCCCUUUCAUUGGAAGUAGCUAUGCUACCCACUGGAGUGAAAGAAACUCAACUCCGUGAGAGCAACAGCCAGAAGGUUCACCCCCAACCCAUGGAAGAGGCCACUAAUCAGACUCCGGAAGCACUAGAAGCCCUGGUAUCCAAGAUUUUUAUGAACAUCUCCUCCUUAAAGUCAGCUUAUAUUCAGCUCCAAGUUGCUCAUACUCCUUAUGAACCUCAUAAAAUCCAAGCUGCUGAUAAACUUGUAAUUUCAGAACUGAAGAACCUUUCUGAACUUAAGCAUUUUUACAAGGAGAAAAAUCCCAAACCUAUAUGUGUUUCUCCUCAAGAUUUUGCUUAGCUGUAGAGAUUCAACAAUAACAGUCCUAUGAAAACUCCGAUUGUCCAUCAAAGUUUCUCAUUCUAUGCUUGGAGCAGAUCCGAAAACUGGCUGACUAUUGUACUGGUCUCCAAGGCUUCCUUGUUUUCAAUGCUGUUGGUGGUAGUACUGGCUGUUGGGCAUUCCUCAAAGUCAGGGAGAUUUGAGAAGCUCCAAGAAUAUGCCUUCACUUACACUUUUAUCAUCAAGUCUUUAGACAUAAUCCCUCCAGAUGGCGUCCUAAGUCCAGGUUCUGCAAUAUCCUUUGGGCCCUCAAGAAGCUCUUAAAGUAAACUCGUUGGGAGGCCUCCAUUAGGUCCAUUGCCAGCUGGUUCAUUCGAUUCAUGUGGUGGAACGAUGAUCCAAGGUCCAACCACUUUGAAUGCAAGCCCACUGACCUCAAGAAAAUAGUGAUCAAGAUAAAAUACUCACUACCCAAACAGGAGGAUCACACAUCCUUGCUGUCCGGUUAGAUCAUUGAGUCUCUCAAAGCUGUGAAGUUCAUAGACAAAGGUUACUUUAAUGUUCUCUUCAGUCUUGCUGCAGUUGAAUACCUCGCAGGAAGAGAAAGUGCCAAUGCCCGAAUCCUUUGAACGGUUCCCAACAAGCUCCACAAUCUCACAAUCAGCAUGCCAUAACAUUCCUCAUUGGCAGCCUGAAAAAGCUGAGUUCUAUGCCGAGUUUGCUAGAACAAGAAUAACCUGGUAAACAAAUGCCUUCUCUUGCAGUCUUACCAUCGUCCUUGGCUGCACAGGUAUUUCUUCCAAAUGCAGUCCUUGCUGCUGCCGGUCUUGGUGCCCCUUAUUCCUACUUGGCCUUAUUCCUGGAAUGGUAAGCAUGAUGCAGAUUGAUAAUGGCACGUCCAGCUCUACCACUGUGCCCUCUUGCAAUGACUGUGAAGCUGGGUAUACUAAGCGUGGAAAAGUUGGGCGUACCCAGCCACGGCGAGUUGCUGCUAUGAGUGUUGCAGCUCGAGUUUCUCAGGAAAUGGGUGUUAAACCUGGGCAUGAGGUUGACUAUUCUAUCCGUUUUGAAGAUUGUACUACAGAAGAGACGGUUCUAAAAUAUAUGACUGAUGAAAUGUUAUUGAGGGAAUUCCUUGGUGAACCAGAUCUGAUUUUGCAUCUUCUGUAUGACAAAGACAUCUUGCAAGAAGAUGCUAUUCUCAAAUGGGCAUCUGAGGAGGGUGCAGAAGAAUCAAAUAGAGUUUUUGUUAAGCAGUCAGAAAAAUUCAUCCAAGCAUUUUUCUCUUUAUUCAUGAUAUGUUCAUUAUAAUCAGUCAUGUAUGUCAUCUUUUCUAAUUACAAGUCAAGUAAAUCUGUUAUGAUGAGUUGUGCAUGCUAUUUUGUACA